AUGAUAAGUGGAAGUUCCCUGACUAAUACAUCAAAUAUUUUGAAUAAGUAAAAAUAUGUACAGCAAUCAAUACCCGGAUUUUAGAAGGAAAACAGAUUCAGUUGAUUAAAGACUUUUUGGUUUCACCCUAAUAUGUAGAAUCGAUUUGUUUGGUUGUCCCCCUACCUACAUACAAGAACUUUAAAGGAUUAUGUGUAUUACUAUUGGAUAAAAAUCACACCUAAGUCCAAUAUAAGUAUUAAUAUUUUCGGAGGUCAUAAACUUAAAUAAAUCGAGUAUUUAAUUCUCCUGUUUAUUGCCACCGAACAAUUCAAACAUGGACCGUGAAAGAUAAAUUCAUGCUGACUUCAUUUAUUUAAACAUAUUUAAAUUUCUGUUCUGAUGGUAGAUAGUUGUAUAUUAGAAAUUAAUGACACGGAUAAAUAAAGUGCUUCGAUCCUGUCAACAAUGACAACACAUACAUUUCAUAUCAAUUUUUCGAAUCAAUAAAAUAUUUUCGGGUAUUUGAAUUCAAAGUGGUUAGUUAUCAAGAGAAGCGCUUACCAUGAAUACCCAACAGCGAGAGGUAUUAAGUGUUCAUAGAAACUUUUUACUGAAAAAUGUUAUUUGGACUUCUGAGCUUGCUAAUAAAUUAACAGCAGAAGGUUUAGUGACUGAAUCCGUAAUACGAGGAAUUCAGAAUGCCAAAACACAAGAGGAGAAAGUCUCCAAAAUACUGGAGUUUGUUAUCAUGCGAGGACCUGAGGGUUACCGAAAGUUCAGUGAUAUACUGCAUGCAACAGGUCACACAUUUCUGGCUGAUUUUAUGAGAGAAGAAGAUAUCAUUCAGAAGAAAUUAAACACUGAAGAAAUGUACAAAACAAUGCCUUUCCUGAAUCGUUUAAAAGAUAACGAGAAAACUGAACUGGAUACAUACUUCAUAGAUAAGUUUCGAAAUGAAUCUCUACGGCAGGUAUGGAAACAUGAUUUCAGAGAAAAAGAAAAGGCCAUUUUAGCUCGUCAACAACAGAUUGAAAUGUCAGAUGAAAUCAAAGAUCAAACAAAGAGAUGGCAAGUUCUCAAAAAGGAAUUAGAAGAUAAAAUCAAAUCGAAGGAUGAGGAAAUCAUGCUAUUAAAUAUUCAAAUAAAAUCUCUCAAUCAAGCAGUUAGAGAAACUGAACAACGACUCAGAGCUGAUUUUCAAAAGCAAAUGCAUUUUAAUGAAGCAAAUGAAAAUCAAAUCAAAAGGGUACAAGAAAAUGUAGGAGCAGCAGAUAUGGUUCUAGGCGAAAUAAACCAGAAAAUGGCACCGUAUUUAAAGAAGAAACCUCGAAUUUUGACUGACAAAGAGCGGAAGGUUCUCGAACAUUAUAAAUACUCUUUCAUGAUACCAGAUUUUGAAGUUUUCCUAGAGCAGUACCGAGAACUCCUUGACAUUAAAAUGCUAUACGAAGCUCUGAGAGAAGAAAAAGAAUAUGUAUUAACCUUUAUAAUAGGCUAUUGCCCAAAAGACCUAGAUGAGAGCAGUUUGAAAGAAGAGUUCAAACAAUAUCUUAUAAAAACUGACGAAUCCAUCACUGACCUGAAGGACAGAUUAUCUGAGGCAGAAAUGAUAAUAGAAGGACAAAAGGAACAAGUCGAAAAAAUAGGAAAAGAUUCAAUGGAAAAGAAAAAGUUUCAAAUGGGAGCAGGAGUCUGGCAGGGAGCCAUCAUGAAUGUAAUGCGAAACCAACUGCAAGAUCUAAAACGUGAUAUACGAAUGAAAGAAUCGAGAAUUCAAAUGUGUGAAAAAGAUGCGGCGCGGUUGAAGAAUAUAAAUAAUGAUCUAAAACAGGAUCUUCAACGUGUGAAGAGGGAGAAACAAUCAGUAACCUCAAGUGAAACACGGCAUACACUUAGUAUAGACGUAAAUGGUCGUUUGUCCAUUAAUUCUGAUAAUAGUGCUGGCUUAGAAACCGCUUUAGAUAAUUACAGCGAUUGCAGGACGGACGUUUCUAAGAAGAAACAACCACUUCUUCCACCGAUGUACACCAAGGUAAUACGGGAUGCCAUCAGUCCAACGACUCCACGAAACCUUCCCAAACCGAAACCUUUUGCCAUGGGCACAUCUGAGGCUGCUUCAGGACGACAUCCCAUGAUGAGCAAUGGUUUAGUAACAGCACCUGUGAGACUAGAAAAAAGACAUUUAGAUCGUUACUCACAAAUGCCUCAUGGAUUCGGAGAUGUGAAGAAAAUGCAUUCACAUGGAAAAUCGAAAUUUGAAAAGUCCUUGCCACCACCAAAGGUCCGCUAUUGACGUGUCAUUUGAGUUGGGCUAAUGUUAGUGUCCUGUAUGUAAAAAUCAUUACCAAACAUUCACAUUCCCUGCAUAUAUUUAAAAUGUAUAUGUAUGGAUUAAAGUGGUGUUUCUAAUCAAAACAAUGGAAACAGGGGAAAAUAAUACAAUAAAUAAUGUCUGAAGUAUUUUCCAGGAAAAAAGUGUAGAUAACAGUGAAUUUCGGAAAACAAUAAUCGAAGCCUAUUCAAAUUUGGACUUUAAUUUCUCAUUUUAUAAACUUUAUGAACAACUUUGAAAAUAAUAUUAUUUCUACUUCAUUUAGUGCUUUGAUAAGGAGUAAUGGAAUUGUUUUCAUUAAAUGCCAGAAAACAGGAUUAGUAGUUGAGGACUGAUCAAUCGUAUUAAAAAUUGUUGUGCCAAAAGUUUUAACUAUGUAUUAAUAUAUAUUGAAAUACAAUAAAAUGUAUCCUGAAACUAUUAAAAUACUGUCUUAUGGACAUUAAAACCAUUAUGUUUGAA